CCGACCGUUAAUAAUUUACACUCGACAACCCUGGUUUCCCCUUUCGACACUCCCCCGACCUCUCGACUUACAGAGUGUCGCGCAGAGCCCAGAUUCCCAUUGAUGGUCGCAUACCGGUUCUGAACUGCCACCCAACGACACCUGCACUCCUCACUCGCCCCAACCCUGGCCGUAUCAAAACACAUAUCUGGCCGCCUACGACUGGCAUCACCUAGCAAAGAACUGCCACUGGCAGUAACGUCUUUCUCCAAGGCCGCUAUCGUAGCGUUGCAACCAUGGGCCUCCUACAGGAUAUGACGCAGAGACUGCCAACGACAAAAGAGAGCCUGGACAGAUUCGACGACAUCUCGCGCCGCGCUGAAAAGACGACUCCCCGAUUGUCCUUCUUCCGCCGCCGGGUGCGACUGAAGGGAUCCUCGUCCGUUUCCAUUCCACUGGGCCUGGUGCUCCUCUUCCCAUGUCUUGUAAUAAUCAUUAUCAUAAUUCUUUUCGUGAGGUCGCCAGACUCUCAGGGUAUUAUGAACAUGCCUGCGGGCACCCCGCCGUCAAUAAGGAAGAUCAGCGAAAAAUACGACAAGCCCUUCGCUGUAGGCUGUCUGGAGCCCCAGGUCAACGGACCCCGAGCGAACGCUGCCUUCGUAGUGCUAGCAAGAAAUAAGGAGCUAGACGGCGUCAUCCAGUCGAUUAAAUCCAUCGAGAGGCAUUUCAAUCGGUGGUUCCAUUACCCAUACGUCUUCCUCAAUGACGGCGACUUCAACGAGACAUUCAGGGAGGUGGUCUUGAAGCAUGUUAGUGCUCCGGUCGAGUGGGGCAAGAUACCGCCAGAGCAGUGGGGCUUCCCAGACUGGGUCGACCCUGAUGUUGCUAAAGAGGGCAUCGCAAAGCAGGGAGACAAUGCCAUCAUGUACGGUGGCAUGGAAAGUUAUCAUCACAUGUGUCGGUUCUACUCAGGCAAGUUCUACCAGCACGAGCUACUUGCCAAAUACGACUGGUACUGGCGUCUCGAGCCGGAGAUUAAGUACUUCUGCGACAUCACGUAUGACCCUUUCAUCCACAUGAUUCGGAAUAAGAAGACGUACGGCUUUACAAUUGCUGUGAAAGAGUUGAGGGAGACAGUGCCCAACAUCUGGAGAUAUGCAUCAGCAUACAAACGAAACAACAACCUCACUUCCAAGGGCAUGUGGGAAAUGUUCGUCGAGAAGCCUAAACCUGAGGACGAGAAUGCACAAAAGAAUGAGCCCAAGCCGAAGAAGGCCUUCUUUCCCCAAGAUAUCAUGGACUCAGAGUUUGGCUCAGACGCGUUGCCUGAAAUCCACCCCGAAAACAUGGAGGGCGAAUCGUACAACAUGUGUCAUUUCUGGAGCAACUUCGAGAUUGCCAACCUAAACUGGUUCCGCAGCCAAGAGUACAACGAUUUCUUCGAGCUGAUGGAUCGCAGCGGUGGCUUCUGGAUGGAGAGAUGGGGAGACGCGCCCAUCCACUCGCUAGCUGUGGGAGCACUGCUUGGACCCGAGGACAUCCACUACUUCCGCGACUUUGGGUACCGGCAUACUACUAUUCAGCAUUGUCCCGCCAAUGCCCCUGCACGGCAACUGCCUAGAGAUCCCUACCUGGAGCUGACAACAGAGAACGAGAAGGAGCGAAUUGAGGAAGACAAGUACUGGGCGACGCCAGACCCUGUCAAAGAAAAUGGCGUCGGGUGCCGCUGUAAAUGUGACACGGAUAUCGUCGAGGUGGAAGGCAAAGAGGGAUCUUGCUUCCCCGAGUGGGUCGAGGUGGCGGGCGGUUGGGCUUCGCCCUAGGCACCAGAACCGUGGUCUCUUCGUGUUGCGUACUUUUCUACCAGCCUCCAGUGAGCAUUUUGUGGGCGCAUUAGCAUUGACUACUGGUUUCAGUAAGGCGUAAGGUGUUGGUAUUGCAUGUCUGUUGGGCAGCCUUCCAGCAGAGGAUCAUCAGGACUAUGCGGGCGUUGUCGGUGCGCCUCGGUUGCUGCAUGUGGGCGGAAUUGCCAUAUAUCUACGAAGACGAACCACAUUUCAAAAUGUAUGAGUAGACUUAUCGCCUGGAAGUAAACCUUAUUAGCGGUUAUGACUGUUC